AGGCUCCUGAACAGCUACGCGGUAACUUCGGCGUUAGCUAUGUGGAUUGUAGAUAUGAUACAGACCGUGCCUCAAGAAAUCGAUGCAAUCUGGUCCAGGAAGUUCACUAGCACUUCAGCCUUGUACUUCAUGAACAGAUACGGCACUCUUCUCAGUCUUUCUCUCCAAUGGAUCACGACUCGCCGGGGAGAGAGCUCAGAUCUACAUUGUGAGGCGCUUGAGGGGGCGUCUCGCGGAGCCUACAUCGUCGCUAUCUCAGCUGAAGCAGCUCUCGCUAUUCUGCGUGUUUAUGCUAUCAAUGAACGUGUUCAAUGGAUAAUCGCCAUCGCUGCUCCACUAGUGGCGGCUCGCCUAGCGAUGAUCAUAUUCGAGUCCAUCAUAGUACGAAGCGUUUCAACGAAUGGGAGUUCGUUGGCGCACAUUUCGAGUUGUAGACUGACAACCUAUGGGCCGCAGUCUGUGAGACGCCUGAAUAUAGCUCUACCUAUCGUUGCUUUCGUUUUCAACGGAUUCAUAUUUGUCUUGACGAUCCACAAGACAUACUCGCAAUCGCGACUAGUCAAGUCACUACUCAGAACAUCGAGUAUUUCACAUCUUCUUCUACGGGAUGGUGCAAUAUGCUUCUUGUGAAUGCGAUACUCAUGAAUUAUUUGGAAAAUAAUUUAUUGAUACCUCGUGCCACUCCAGUGCAAUGCUGGCUAUUCAAGUUAUGCAGGUCUGCGUAGCAAUAUCAUCUCGCAAUGGUCCAGAU